AUGGCACUGACCCCAAGACAACGAGAAGAACUCCAAGGAGCUAUAGCCGAUUACCUCCGUUCAAAUGGCUUCGAACAGGCGUAUUCUGUUUUUAAAACAGAAGCUGAAUUGGAUAUGAGUCAAGAAUUAGAUAAAAAAUGUUCAGGGCUUUUGGAAAAGAAAUGGUCAACUGUCGUUAGGUUACAACAAAAAAUUAUGGAUCUAGAAUUCCAACUAAAACAAACAAAAGAAGAAUUGAAAGAAAAUCAGUGCCUUGAACGAAGACAAAAUCUAAUAGAAUGGGUUCCCCUUGUUACUGAAAAACAUUCUCUGAAUGGACACAGUGGCCAGAUUACUAGAGUAAUUUUCCAUCCUGUGCUCACUCUUAUUGCUUCUUCCUCCGAAGAUGCUACAAUUCGAGUCUGGGAUUCUGAGACUGGGGCUUUAAAACAAACCCUUAAAGGCCAUUCAGAUACUAUUCAUGAUAUUUCAUUUGACAACAGCGGGAAAGUGCUUGCCUCCUGCUCUGCAGAUGGUAUCAUCAAAGUGUGGGAUUUUCAGCGUUCUUUCUGUGUUAAAACCAUCCACGGCCAUAAUCAAGAUGUUUCUUCAGUGGCCUUCAUGCCCAAUGGAGAGUAUAUAAUCUCUGCCUCACGGGACACAACCUUAAAGAUGUGGGACAUACAGAGUGGCUACUGUGUAAAGAUAUUCACUGGCCACACAAAAUGGGUACGUAUGGCACGACCAAAUCAGGAUGGCACGCUGAUUGCAAGCUGUUCGCAUGACCACACUGUGCGUAUUUGGGAUGCGAAUAGUAUGCAGUGCAGGAACGAGCUUCGGGAACAUGAGCAUGUGGUGGAGUGCAUUUCUUGGGUGCCAAUAAAUGCACAUUCUUCUAUUUUGGAAGCAACUGGUGUUGAGACUAACACAUGGGACCAGUCGGAACUCUUUUUACUAUCUGGUUCAAGAGAUAAGAUGAUUAAGAUGUGGAAUAUAAGCACUGGCAAGAGCCUUAUAACCCUAGUGGGUCAUGAUAACUGGGUUCGUGGGGUCUUUGUCCUUCCCCUCGGUACUUUCAUCAUAAGCUGUGGGGAUGACAAGACUAUACGUAUAUGGAAUUAUAAGAAAAGACAAUGCAUUAAAACUCUCAAGGCACACAAUCAUUUUGUCUCCACCGUGGAUGUCCACAAGAUGACCCAGUAUGUGGUAACUGGCAGCUGUGAUCAAACCAUCAAGUUGUGGGAGUGCCAGAGACCUGAUUGA